AUGUCUACUCUAAUCCGAGCUGGCAGAUUGGCGAACCCUGCUCGCAGGGGUCCCCUGUCAAAAAUUACUACCACGUCCAGUGUUAGAAUCAUUUCGACGCGAUUUUCUUCGUCAUUCCAGGUCGCUAGAAAUCAUGACAAAAUCCAAAAUCCUGGAACUACCAAAUUCUAUGUCAAUAAUGAGUUUGUCGAGAGUAAGACAUCAAAAUGGAUUGAUGUUCAUGAUCCUGCAACUAAUAAUCUGGUUACUCGGGUCCCUCAAUCUACCCCUGAGGAAUUGACUGCUGCUGUUGAUGCUGCUGAAAAAGCUUUCAAGACUUUUAAAAAUACCACCAUUCUGUCUCGUCAGCAAAUUGCUUUUAAUUAUGUCCGUUUGAUUCGUGAACAUUGGGAUGAGUUGGCCAGCUUAAUCACUUUAGAGCAGGGAAAGACAUUUGCUGAUGCCAAGGGUGAUGUUCUUCGUGGCCUUCAAGUAGCUGAAACUGCUACUGCUGUUACUACACAACUGACUGGUGAACUUCUUGAAGUCUCUCGUGAUAUGGAAACUAAGACUUAUCGUGAGCCUUUGGGUGUUAUUGGUGCUAUCUGCCCCUUCAACUUCCCAGCUAUGAUCCCUCUUUGGUCGAUUCCUCUUGUUAUUGCUACUGGUAAUACUUUGGUUUUAAAGCCAUCUGAGCGUGAUCCUGGUGCUACUAUGCUUCUUGCCGAUUUGGCUCGUCAAGCUGGUGCUCCCCCUGGUGUCAUCAAUAUCGUUCAUGGUCAAGCACCCACUGUCGAUUUCAUUCUUGAUGAACCUCGUAUUAAAGCCAUCUCUUUCGUUGGAUCUUCAAAGGCUGGUAAAUAUAUUUAUACUCGUGGUACUGCUAAUGGCAAGAGAGUACAAGCCAAUUUGGCUGCUAAGAACCACGCUGUUGUCUCUCCUGAUGCCAACAAGAACCACACAAUCAACUCAAUUGUCGGAGCUGCUUUUGGUGCUGCUGGUCAAAGAUGUAUGGCCCUAUCUGCUCUUGUCACUGUUGGUGAGACCAAGGAAUGGUUGAAUGAUAUUGCUGAGGGUGCUAAGAAACUAAAGGUUUCUGGUGGUUUCGUAGAGGGAACUGAUGUUGGCCCUGUUAUCACCCCUGAGUCCAAGGCUCGUAUUGAAGAUAUUAUCUCUUCUGCUGAAAAGGAAGGUGCCACUAUUCUUCUAGACGGUCGUAACUACACUCCUGAGGGAUUUCCUAACGGAAACUUUGUUGGACCAACUAUCAUUACCAACGUUAAGCCUGGCAUGAGAUGUUACGACGAAGAGAUCUUUGGACCUGUUCUUGUUGUCACUCAUGUUGAAACUCUUGAUGAUGCUAUUGACUUGGUCAACAGUAAUCCUUAUGGAAACGGUGCUGCUAUCUUCACUAACUCUGGUGCUACUGGCUACAAAUUCCAAAAAGAAAUUGAAGCUGGUCAAAUCGGUAUCAAUGUUCCUAUCCCAGUCCCUCUUCCAAUGUUCUCUUUCACUGGUAACAAGGGCUCGUUCCUUGGUGACCUCAACUUCUACGGCAAGGCUGGCCUUCACUUUUUAACUCAACCCAAAACUAUCACUGCUCACUGGCGUCACGAGGACGCUGUGGCCAUCAAGGCUUCUGUUGACAUGCCUACUCAACAGUAA